CUCAUUAUGAAUAAUGUUUCUGUAAUAACAAUGUUUUUUCUUUCAGGUUUAAAUGAAACAAUGAAUCACAGGUUUGUUCUCUUCUUUCUCAGUUUGCUGUGUUACUGCAUCAUUUUCCUCCUAAAUCUUGCUCUUACUGUGACCAUCAUUUUGGACAACAACCUCCAUGAACCCAUGUAUAUUCUGCUCUGUGUUUUUUGCAUGAAUACACUUUAUGGAACAGCAGGUUUUUACCCUAAAUUUCUCUGGGAUCUGCUCUCUCCUGUUCAUGUUAUCUCAUAUUACGGUUGUCUUAUUCAGGCACUGGUGAUUUACUCUUGUGGAUGCAGUGACCUGUCAAUUCUUACACUUAUGGCAUUUGACAGAUAUGUGGCCAUAUGUCAACCACUAAAGUACCACUCUAUCAUGUCAAAGCAAAGACUCAUUAGGUUAGUGUGUUUUUCUUGGUUAACACCUUUCUCCAUUAUAGCAACAAAUGUUUUUCUAACAACAAGGGUAAAGUUAUGCAGCCCGUAUAUUUCCAGACUCUUCUGUGUGAACUGGAGUAUUGUUCAACUCGCUUGUUUUCCAGCACAAACAAAAGUUAAUGGCAUAGUUGCAAAUAUUACAAUAAUCAUAUAUGUGCUUCAUGGUGCUUUGAUAGUUUGGUCCUAUAUUUAUCUCAUUAAAACAUGUGUCAAUUCUAUAGAAAACAGGACAAAGUUCAUGCAAACAUGUGUCCCACAUUUGGCCUCUUUACUCACUUUUGUUGUGGCAAUACUUACUGAUGUUGUAAAUAUACGAACUGAUUUAAAGAAUUUACCUCAAUCCAUUCAAAACUUUGUGGCAAUAGAGUUUCUCAUUAUUCCUCCCAUUAUGAAUCCUCUCAUUUAUGGUUUCAAACUGACCAAAAUCCGAAAAAGUAUUUGUGUUGUUAUUUUUAAAAUUUCAAAAUCAAGUAAUUUUAUCUGA